UGCACGACCACGCGUCCAAAACGUCUUUUGGAAACGUUCAUACUUCUCCCUUUCAUAAAGCACUUAAUGUUCCUUGGCACAUGGUGUGACCCUCCAAAGUCUUCACCCGCCUCCUGUACAGAUAUUUAUGUAUAUGUAAUACAAUCUUUAAUAACUUCAAAACCCGACCAUUGUCCAUUAAUUCGCAAUGCAAUCACAAACCUCACAGGAAGGGCUUUUAGGACUCCACAGUUUCCAGAGUUUCCUUGACAGAUUCCCAGCACCUUUAAAUCCGAAUUUAUUCAAUGAGCCAACUGGGUACGAAAAAGCACUCCAGGAAGUAAAACAAUACGAAGAUUUCACUACCAUAGACUGGGUUCAAGAUGCAGUUCGAGAACGGUAUCGACAAACAACAAAAGCAUCAGAGGCGAACAGAUCAUGGACAUCAUAUCUAUAUGCAUUAUAUGAAGCAGGGCAAGCAUGGCUUGUGGUCUCGCUAGUUGGAGUUGUAAUAGGACUCAAUGCAGCGUUUAUUGCUAUCUGCACUCAGUGGCUCUCAGAUAUUAAGCUUGGUCAUUGUUCAUACGCGUGGUGGUUGAACCAGAAGUUUUGUUGCUGGGGUGUUGAAUCCGAAGAUGGAUACUGCCCUGAAUGGAGUGCAUGGAGCAGAUUUGCAAUUAUCAACUAUGCAUUUUAUUUAGUAUUCGCGACGGCAUUUGCAACACUAGCUGCCUUUUUCGUAAGGCGUUACGCGCGAUAUGCCGCAGGUUCAGGCAUUUCAGAAAUUAAAUGUAUUUUAGCUGGGUUCAUCAUGAAGGGAUAUCUUGGGGGCUGGACCUUGGUGAUCAAAAGUUUAGGACUUGCCAUGUCUGUCGCUGCAAAUUUGAGUAUUGGCAAGGAGGGACCUUCCAUUCAUAUUGCCUGUUGUGCAGGACAUGUUAUCUCAAGAUUGUUCCCAAAAUAUCAAAGGAGUCGGGCGAAAUCAAGGGAGAUCAUUUCUGCUUCUGCGGCGGCAGGGGUUGCUGUUGCUUUUGGAGCUCCAAUUGGUGGUGUUCUUUUUUCGUUUGAGGAAAUGAGCAACCAUUUUCCAGCAAAGACAAUGUGGAGGAGCUUCUUUUGUGCUUUAGUUGGGACUGUAACUCUCCAGACCAUGAAUCCAUACCGUACAGGCAAGCUUGUGAUGUUUCAGGUCUCUUAUGAUCGCGACUGGCAUUUUUUUGAGAUCAUUUUUUUUAUACUUCUUGGUAUCUUUGGAGGCUUGUACGGAGCAAUGAUCAUUAAAUAUAACCUUAAAGUACAACAUGUCAGGAAAAAGUAUCUGGGUGACUAUGGCGUCAUUGAAGCAGCAACCCUUGCAUUUUUAACAUGCACUUUGGCCUACUGGAAUAUUUUUAUGAAGAUUGACAUGGCUGAGUCCAUGAACAUUUUGUUUCGAGAAUGUGAAGGAUCAGAAGACUACAUGGGACUUUGCAAGCCAGAAAACACAUGGAGGAUGGUAGCACUGUUGUUCAUGGCACUUAUCAUGCGCGUCGCCACAUGCACCAUCACUUAUGGAGCAAAAGUCCCUGCAGGAAUCUUUGUUCCAUCCAUGGCGAUUGGCGCUUUAUUCGGCCGCAUGUUAGGAUUGAUCGUCAGAGCAGCACAAGCUGCCUACCCUGGCUUCAUGCUUUUCUCGAGCUGCAAACCCGACGUUCCGUGCAUUACCCCAGGAACGUAUGCUUUCUUGGGAGCUGCUGCUGCUCUGGGAGGGGUUAUGCGCCUGACCGUGUGUGUAGUCAUCAUUAUGUUCGAGCUAACUGGAGCACUAAACUAUAUAUUGCCGACAAUGAUUACACUCAUGGUGACCAAAGCUGUUGGCGAUUAUUUUGGGCGUGGAGGUAUCGCGGAUCGAUACAUUCGAUUGAACGGAUAUCCCUUUCUUGACAAGGAGGAGCACAGUUUUGGGAUUGCAGUCUCCCAGGUCAUGCAGAAGAAUGUUACAGUUCUCCCAGCCUCGGGCACACGACUAGACAGGGUUGAGAGGCUGUUGGCGGAUACUAAUUAUCAGGGCUUCCCUGUCGUGGAAGAUUCGAGCUCACGUGUCCUUAUUGGAUAUAUUGGACGUUCGGAGCUACGAUACGUGAUUGAUAAAGCCAAGCGUGCUAGGAAUGUUUCUCCGUUGGCCCAUUGCUUUUUUCGACCCGGAAGCAUGGAGUCUCGACAGCAUAUGGACCAGAAUACUGUCGGCGCGAUGGGCGGCCUCGAUCAAGAUGCUUCUCCCUCGAUGAGGACUCGAAGUCCUUUUGGAGAAGGGGAUAUUGGUAGUAAUUCACUGAGUGCGGGAGAGAGAAGUGAGAGUGAAACGAAUUACGUGGAUUUUGGACCAUUCAUUGAUCAGACGCCCAUCGCAGUACACCCGAAACUUCCAUUAGAGACCGUUGCCGAGUUUUUUAAAAAGAUGGGACCACGGGUGAUCCUCAUUGAGCACCAAGGGAAGCUCGUAGGGCUGAUUACCAUCAAGGAUUUACUCAAAUACAUUACCAGGACUGAAGCUUUAGACGAAGAGGUAGAUGAAGAUGAAGUGCCAGGAGAGUUCUUUGGCCGAAACUUUAGAGGCGAGCCAGAUUCUGACUGGACUUCGAGACAGUGGUGGUCCUCUUCUUCAUCUGGCAAUAGAGGAUACCGGCCACAGUCUCAACGUCAUCAACGUGAGGCCAUGAAUAGCCAUGGAAAUAAACAUACGGAUUCAAGGAGCCAAGGAGAUUUUCGAGCGAGCUCUGGUCAUCAUGGGUACUCAUCGCCCUUAAACACGUCUUCCUCUGGGUAUGGUAAACCCAAUGUAGGCCAAUAUACAUUCAAGGCGGCCAUCAGUCGGCCUGGACGUAGUUCAAGCGCGAGCGACAUGCCUUUUGCAAGCUCCAUUGGAUCUUUCAGAGACAGAAUCGAGUUGAGAGAGAAUUAUCCGCAACAACAGCGGUUACAGCAGCAUACACAUCAACAAGAGCAUGAAAUACUUUUUGAUCAUAGCAGAUAUCUGAGUGAAGACGAUAUGGAUGAUCAAGAUGAGGAUGAAGUACGGCCUCCACUACAGCUCGGUUAAUGGCCGCCUUUUGUGAGCUAUUGUUCUGAUCGCGUAGACUACUUUAGGCAAUUAAAUG